AACAAUCGGCUUGAUUUUCGAUCAAUUUCUGUUCCCCUACCUGUGAAUCUGGGAUACAAACGAGGAAACGUGGUGGGGUGUCGUGGCACGGUAGCGCCGGUAUCGAGAACAGUGUAGAACAGAACGUUUUCAUUCUUUGGGUGUCGAUCAACACGCAGCGGGCAUUUUUAGUGAGAAAUUGGCUCUCGAACUGGAGCGCGGUUGGUGACCGCAAGAGACACCUGUUGCACCAUCGUGCAAAUCGGCAACCGCGAAACACGAACGCGAUUGUGUGCGCCAUUCAAUCGUGCCUAAACGCUACGUUUUGUGCAUCGAGUGACUAGAUCGUUGACAGUUCUUGUCGAACCACCGAAGAAAGAAGAACUCAAAUUUUCUCACUUUCCUUUGGAAACAAAAAACGUCGAAGGAAAGGUUGCACACGGUGCCUCGAGCGUGAAAGACGAGGUGUUCUAAGGCGUUUUGAAGAACUGCGAAAUCAGCAACUGUCAGCUAAGCAUACGUUUUGCAAUUGCCGGCGACUGAGGAUCGACCAGGACGUUAAAGAUGUCGAAAUCAUUAAAGCUGGAAGACGAUCAACGAUUCGCGUUGAUGAAAUUUAGGCGGUCGGUUCAAGACAUCCUGCAGCCUCAUCACGAUGAUUACUUUCUACUGCGUUGGCUCAGAGCCAGAAAAUGGGAUCCAGCGGCCGCGGAGAAGAUGCUUCGAGACUCCUUGGAAUGGCGAAAGCAGUACGAAGUGGAAAAAUUAACCGAGUGGGAUCCCCCUAAAAUUUUGUAUGAUCAUUUACCUCACGGCUUAUGUGGCUACGAUAAGGAUGGAGCUCCUGUGAUCGUCGUGUAUUUCGAUGCACUUGAUCUUUAUGGAAUUUUACAUGUCGUUUCGAGAAGGGACAUGAUACGAAUUACGAUAAAACAUCUUGAGGAGUAUCUGCAAAUAUGCAGAGAACAGAUGAAGAAAUAUGGACCAGAAGCAGGACAGGUGGUUGUGAUCUUUGAUAUGCAAGGUUUUAAUUUGAGGCAAUAUCUGUGGAGACCAGCUGGAGAAGUCGUCAUCACUCUCAUUCAAAUGUACGAGGCUAAUUAUCCCGAAAUUUUAAAGACCUGUUACAUAAUUAACGCUCCGAAAGUGUUUACUUUUGCAUUCUCCAUCGCGAAAAAAUUCAUGAACGAGUACACGUUGUCCAAGAUUCAAAUAUACAAGGCUGAUCCUCCGAAAUGGCAAUCCGCGAUAUUCAGUAAUGUUGCAAAGGACCAGGUACCUGCUUACUUUGGAGGUACCUUAAAAGAUCCCGACGGUAAUCCAAAACUUGGAACAAAGAUUCGGCUCGGUGGUAAAAUCCCAAAAGAAUUGUACGUGAAUAACACAGAUAAGGACAUGCAAGAUUAUACAACGGUCACGAUUCGCAAAGGUGGCAAACUGGAGCUUGAUAUGUCAGCAUCUGAAAUGGGAUCUCUGUUGAGUUGGGAAUUCCGAACUGAGGAUCACGAUAUUAGAUUCGGUAUCUUGAAAAAGGACACAAACGGGGAGAAAAAAGAAGUUAUACCUAUGAAACGAGUAGCCGCUCAUCAAUUAGAAGAAAUUGGAAUCUUGACCUGUGAAGUACCUGCCACGUAUUCCGUCGUGUUCGAUAACAGUUACAGUAUUCUGAGAAAUAAGAAAAUUCAUUAUUCUAUACGAGUUAUACCACCAGCAGUUUCGCAAGAAAUAACGCCAGCUACUUCCUAAUGAAAGCAAUGGAUACAGAAUGAAAAGAGCUGCAUCCAAGUACCACAUUCCUUGGGAUAAAAUAAUAUAUAAAACAAUGUAUUAUUUUGUUAUAAACAAUGUUAUAUUUUUUUUAUCUUUAUAACUAGGUAUCAAAAGUCAUUCCAAAAAAAUUUUAUAGAAAAUUUAUAUAAUUUCUUACUUUUACAUUGUUGGUGACUGUACCUAUUGUUAUUAUAAACAUACAAUGUUUACUUAUGCAUUCCACUUAACUGUGUACGCAUUUGUAAAAACAAGCAGUUACAUUUGUAAUGAAUGAAAGGAUAGGAAAUUCUACUAAGGUUUCUGAUA